UCAGUUUCACACUCGUUCGGACAAAUUCGUGGUUCUCGCACACAAAAAAAAUGGAAAUAACCCAUAUAAUCGUUUUUGGUUUGCUGAUCGCUGCUGUUGCCGCGCAUCCACAGUUCCAGCGAUGGGAAGAGGAUCUGACGCAGACUUUCAUUCGUGGACAGCCCGUUACAUCAACUAGGCCAACGACCACAGCUCAACCAACAACAGCUUCGCCCCGCAUCCAGGCCUGCAUCCAGACCUGCCCAGCGACCAGUGAAUACAAUCCCAUCUGUGGCAGCGAUGGCGUUAACUACUACAACGAGGGACGUCUCAACUGUGCUAUUCGCUGUGGUCAAAAUGUUCGUUUCAUACACCUGGGCAUCUGCAGUACUACGUAGAUCAUUGCUGUAUGUGAUUUCUAAUAGUUUUAGUGAAAAUGUCUGCUACAAUCUACAGUUCAAUGCUUUACUAAUGACCUUAGAGGCAUAUGAAUAAAAACAAGCGAGAACUAAUUAGGCGAGUCUACUCGACAAACUGCUACUCUGUAUCACAAAAUAGAAAUAUGAAUUUAAUUGCUGAUGCUAGCAAUACAAAUGUAUAAAGUUUAAUUGAUAAUAAAUAAAUAAUUUAUAAGACAACUUAUUGAAAGGAAGC